AUGCAACACUUUAUUGUGUAUUUUGUUUCUUCUGAUCUUGUGGGAAUUGAAGUAAUUCCACAAUUUUAUUCCUCCUUUCCAUCAUUAUUCCUCAAGAUGUGUAAUGGAGUUGCCAAACGAUAUGGAGAACAAUUCUUGCUAAAUGCACAACAUUUCACAUUGAUCAAUAGUUCCGAUAAUGAUCAACAACAAGUAAUAUUGACACAACUUGGUGAAAAUCCCAAAACAGUUGACACUGAUUACUUGAUGCAAAAUCUUAUUGAAAGAUAUGCAAGAGCUUGGAGUUCAAAAGAGAGGAAACAAAUUAGAGCUAAUCUUGAUAGAAUGGUGAAAUUGAAUGAAAAUGUUUUAGAUAACAACACUGAAUCAGAAUUGGAGGUUUUAGACUUGUAUCAAAGAGUAAUGUCAUACCCACAAAAACCAAAUAAAUAA